AUGGAAGGCACUCACUGCACCCUCCAAUUGCGUAAGCCCAUUACUGAAGUCUGCUACAUCAGCUUCUAUCUUCCAAGGGGGGAGGUCAGAGGAUUUUCAUACAAGGGCACUGUAACUCUAGACAGAUCCAAUAAAGGGUUUCAUAACUGCUACCAAGUCAGGGAGGGGUCAGACGUCAUCAACCUCAGCUUGCAGCCAAAUGAACAUCCAGGCGACAUAUUUUUCAAGCAAACUCCCACAAAAGACAUUUUAACUGAGCUGUACAAACUCACAGCAGAGAGGGAGAAACUUCUGGCCAAUCUGCUGAGCUCAGACCACAUCCUGGGGAUUACGAUGGGAAACCAGGAGGGGAAGCUGCCGGAGCUGUCCGUGAGCCUGGCCCUUGAGGACGACUGUUUCCAGAGUGCUGGUGACUGGCCAGGGGAGCCCCCCGUGGGCUGUCUCAAUAAGAGGAGUGCCCAUGGGAACAGAAAGCCUCGGAGGUUUGGUGGAAGGAGAGGGAGCUUUGAGGUGCUUCCACAGAAGAGGACAAGAAGAAAAGGGCAUGGGGGCCAGCAGUCGGCUCCUCAGAUGGGGAAGGACCAGAUCUGUUCCAGCAAAUCUCUUCCUCUUUCUCGAACAAGGCCUAAUCUUUGGCUUCUAGAGGAGAGAGGCAGCUCGUUCCCAAGUGGGGCAUUUAUUUAUUCCCUACAGUGGAGAGAGAGCUACCCCCCAGAGCUCCCCAGGACACUGGAUACGAACCGCAGCUUUGGGAGCUUCAGGGGGGCUUCUGAGGACCCCGGGCUUGGAAGAGGAGAGCCGCCCCCUCACUGCAGCGCCACAGAGCCAGGAGAUGAUGAUGCUGGCCUGCCGGAGAGGGGCCCUCACAGGCUGGUGCGCCCGCAGACAGGUUUAUCUGGAAGUCAUGAGGACUCUGAGAAGCAUCCAGAGGCAGAGAGGGGCCAAAGGGAGAAGUCUACUGAGCGUACAUGCAGGAAGAAGCCUAUUUCCAAAGUGGUGGCCAAAGUCCAGGAUCUGUCUACUCAGGUGCAAAGAGUAGUUAGAACGCAUCCCAAAGGUGAGGAAAGCAUUGCCAUUUGCCCAGCGGCCCGAGCUGAGUUUAUACCCGGAGCAGACUGGCUCACCCUCCCAGGAGCCGAGGCUGGGACUCAUGAGUCCAGGUGGCAGGGCCAGGAACAGCAAGGCGACAGGUCGUGGCAGCUGUCGGACAGGGAACGCAUGCCAGCCAGUGCCGAGGGGGCUGUGAACAAGGUCCUGCUGAAGGUGAUAGAGAGUGAGAAGUUAGAUGAAGCCACUGAGGGGAAAAGGCUGGGCUUCCCCCCAAGCACACCAGUCCCCCGUGCCCUCCCAGAAGCCAGAGGCAAGAGGAAGACCGGGCUGCCUCUGAGGGAUCACAAAACCUCGUUUCUGGAUCUGCCCCACAGCGGAGGCCCUGACCGGUCACAGCCCGGAGGCCAUGAGAAGAAGCCGUCCCCCCCAGCACCAGCAGCCCUCAGCAUGCUACUGAAUAAUUCAGCCUCCCAGUCCAGCACACACAAACGGAUGGCACCUGUUCCCUCGCCUCUCUCUCCAAGGCUCCCAGGCCCUGAGCAGCAUCACAGGGCCCUGCAGCUCCCUUUACUGCCUGGUGAGUGGGAAGUGGCUCCUGAUGACUCUCUUGGCCGAAAGAGCAGUACUUUCUCUGGGUCCCCUUCUGCUGACACCUUGGAGCCACCACCCUCUGCAAAGGUCACGGAGACCAAAGGAGCCAGCUCGACCUCCCUCGGAGCAGGCCAACCUCGGUCAGUGCCUGGGGAACCUUUGGAAAAGAGCCUGGGGCCCGGAAAGACUGCAGCUUGGCCCCAGUACCAGUCACCUCCAGGUAAGUCCCUGUAUAAGAUACUUUACAUCUGUGCUUGGGCAGCUCACAAACAGUAA